AUGGAUCGAGCAGAUCUUUAUGAGAAGAACGAAGCUGUCGCCCAACAAAGAAGAGAUGUCGUCAAUUAUUAUUUCUCUGGUGAGAGCUGCGAAUUUCCAUGA